UAAGGGUGUCCUCUAUUGUUUGCCAGUCGGACAGGGUGACUCCCGAGAAAAGAGCGAUCAUUCUUGUAUGCUCUUGUCUUCAGAAGACGCAUGCGUUGAACGCUUGUGGCAUCUGCCAAAAAUGACAAGAUGACGGUAUGACUUGACGGCCUUGCAUUCUCGGUAUUUCUGUUGAUUUUCCCAAAAUUUUCCUGGCUUAAAUGCUGCUUUGCUGUUUUUCUGAAGAGUGUGAGUACUGUGAAUUGUGAGCAGUUGUUUGCUCACCCACUAUUUGUCUCCUCUUGCCGUUUACUUUGUGAUCCAUUCCAUCAUGUGAAAACUGAAUACAUCCUGCUUUUGAGUCAGUAUCAGAGAUGCAUCGACCACUCUCACGUUUCAAACCCAAAUCUGAACAAAAUCUAGACGAAGAUACAGCAGAUGAGGCGAAUAACCUCCUCAAGAAUGGAAUACUUGUGGAAACCAACUCAGGACUGGUAUGCAUGUCAGUGAACGACGCCUUGUCUCUCAACCUGAAUCUAUCUAUAGAUGAUCUCAGAAAUGUGGCGGCUAGGUUGAUAUCUCAGCAGAACACCCAAAAGGUUCUGCCUAGCUGUGAUAGUGAUGGAUUUUCAAGUGAAUGCAGUGAUUACAGCACCACUACAUCUGCACAGAGCUUGCAGUCUGCCCAUGUAACAUUAUCUUCAAUAUCAGCAUCCAGUGCAGUACAGUCCGAUGAUUGUGAUGCACAUAACAUCACUAGGCCUAAAUGUAUUAAAACAGCUGCCUCAGCCAUUGAAGAUGUUCUUGCUGAAAAAACCGAGGUCAAAGUCAAUGAGAGUCCAAAGAAAUCUGGAGCAGAAUGUGAGAUGGAUCCAUCCUCAAAAGAAGAACUUCCAAAGAAAGUUAGUCCUAUAAUGAUGAAAUGCAUGGCAGAGGUAGUAAAACCAAAAAAGGGUCGAGGCGGUUGGCCAAAGGGUAGAAAACGGAAACCAGAGUUGCUAAAUCUACCUCCAAAAGCUCCAGCUACUGGUUAUACACUAUACCUCAAUGAAGAGCGAAAAUUGUUUAAAAAUAGUUCUCUUGCAUUCCAUGAGAUCACAAAGAUUAUUGGUAAUAGAUGGUCUAGCCUUACAUUGGAUGAGAAGAAGCCAUAUUUGGACAAAGCUGAGGAGGACAAAAAAAGAUAUCGUGAGGAACUUAAGCAAUAUAGACAAUCAGCCGCAUAUAGAGCUUAUCUAUUAAAGAAGAGAAGAAAUAGACUGCAAAACAAUGUGCUCUCUGAAAGUGAUAUGGAUGCCACAGACGAUUUUGAUGAAGAGGACAAUGAGGAAUUAUAUUGUCGCACUUGUGACCAGUGGUUUCACAAUCUACACAAUAAAAGGGAGCAUUUACAGGGUAAACAGCAUAUACAGGCUGUGGCAGGUAAUAUAACAAGAGAGCUUGGGACUGAUGUAAAUGGUGUAGCAACUACAAGUACUACAUCACUCAGUACUUCUUUAGAUGAAUCUAGUUUAGACGGAAUGCCCAAUUUGAAGAAAACAGAGGCUGACAAAGAGAAACCAUCCACAGUCAAUGAUGUUAUGGAGCAGUUAUCAGCUUUAGUUACAAAACGCGAGACCGAAUUAAGGAUAUUAGAAAACCGUCGUCAAGAAGCAGUAUCUCAACAGCAGGCUCUCUGUAGCCAGUUGUAUCUAUUGAAUGAGCGGCAUAAGAAGCUGCAAAAAGAUUUGUUGUUGUUGAAAGAAAAGGAAAAAGAGGUGGAAAAGUGUGUGUAUAAUUUAUGGCAGGUGAGUAUGACAAACAUGUUUUUUUUUUAAAUUGAGUAUAGUUCCAAUAUUUAUACCGUUUCUGGAUAUAGACAUGACAAACAAAUGGAAAAAAUCUAAAAACAAAAAGAUUUAUCGAAAUGAGACAGCACAAAGUGCCAUCUAUUAGUAAAAUUGAGCACUCUGAGAGUGAACAGCAGCCAUCAGUAAAGAUGGAUUGCCAAAAGGUAUGCGGCAGCUGUUCAUUAUUGGGUGUUUGUGGUCGGACGGACGAAAGCAGUAUAUUUACUGGACAGAAAGGUUACUGAUUUUGUACUGAUAAGGGACCAUUCGAGUAUAGGAAAGCACUAAAUGGGGGUCUUUGGUUUGCUUAUUUUUGAUGACAUGCGGAAUGUGGGGGCUUUGGAUGGUGAUUAUGCCAACAGUAUUUAUUUUUAGUCGAUUUUGAUUUGAACACAUACAACCCUGCUUGACUUCUCAAAAGCGAAACGCAUCUUCAGGGACUCCCUAAAUAUGGAUAUGCUUACUCGCUCACAACCUUAGCUACAAAUAUUCCUGGUAGAAAUGCAUAUAACCAAGCUCAGAAUGGCUCCUCUUAGUCUGGAACUGACUGGUUUGAUAUUUCCUCUUGAAGAUUUUGGGUCUCAACUGGAUGUCCGUGGCGUUACAAUUAAUGAACAUUUAGAAAUAUCCAAUUUCAAGUUCGCCGAAAAUGUUUUCGCAGAGGUGUGGAGUUCAGUGGGACUUCAUGGUUAUCAUGUUACUGCAAAGUAUGUUGAGUUGGGCGAGCUAGAUCUUACUGAUUUUUCACACAUUAAAUGGUGUUUAGAAGAUCUGCAAGAAUGCCAAUACUUCCUUCAAAUUGAAAAUGAACCAAAUUUGAGGAGGAAGACAUUUGCUGACAAGGGGGAGGGUUUAAUAAAAUUGUAGAAAAUCUACUUAUGUAAUACUUAAUACGGCUCUUAAAUGGCAGCGAUGUCCUUUUUGCUACCGCUAGGCGGCGCUUAUGUGGUUGGAGGCCAAACUGUUAGAAUUUAACAAGAAAAAGACAAUUUUGCUAGAAAUGUAACCUGUUUUUUCAUGACUCCAUCACUUUUUGAUGACUAUUGAGGUGAGCAACUGAUCAGCAAUUGACAUCUUUGUCUAUUUAUAACCUUAGACAUGAUUGCGGAGGUAAGCGAAAAAAACAUCUGACGUUCUCCACCAACACAAUGGUUUUCCAAGUUGAUCUUCAUCAUCAUUCUGUACGAUGAAAGAUGACGUUGUACUACCAAGACAUCUAGCAUCCAGAGUACCGAGUAUUCACUGAGCCGACCAACAUAACUAGCACCAUCUACUUUUAUCAUCGAGAUUACCCAUUGUUCAUGGAGUCAAACCUGUUACAGGAUUAGGUUAUGACAUCUAUUUUGUCUCGUCAUAACAUUUAUAGAUUUUUUACGCUUCCAUGGUCAUUAAUUGGCCUUUAUUAAUAGAUGCGCGACUUGUUAACUUAUUAAUACAGCAUUAAACUGUGUACAAUCAUUAUUGUUCCCAUUUUAUGAAAAUUCUAUUUUCUUAAUAAACCUGAUUUUUUCACUACUUAUGCAUUUCAUAAUGUUGCAGGUUCCAAGUUGGUUUGUGAUAACAGAUCCUAAUGCGACAGAUUCAACGACAGACGUGAAGUCUGAAAGUACUGAAUGAAAGAAGUGAUAGAUGGUAUUUUAUUUUUAUAGGGUUAUGGUGGUUUUACGAUUUAUAGUGUGACAUUAUUUAUGCUAUUUGUAAUUUUUAUAUGAUUGCAAUAAUAAUAAUACUAAUAUUAUUGGCAAUCUAGGUGAUUUUCUGAAAUCAAUGAAAGUAUCAUAAUGAACAAAUCAAUGGUGCUAUGAAUGCACAGUAUGCCACUGCGCUUUGUUAACAGAUAUUUAUAGAACAUGAUUCCAUGUGGUAUGUUUUCAUUUUUUUUUUUUGGAAAAA